GUCGAAGCAGCCGGUCUCUCCAGUCAAGCGUUGUGCAGAGCGUGGGUGUGAAGGACGAAGUGCAAGUGAAGGUAGCCAGGAUGGAUCGACGUAGGCGUGAAGUUGUUCCCACAGAGGGUGUGCCCGGCCUUGCCGGUGAGGAGCGCGAGAACCGUCCGCUGGAGGCUGCUGGAGCCGUGCUGCAGGUGCAGGAGGAGGACGGCUCGUGGGGGAGUGUCGAUCAGGAUCCGGGCCCCGCGCACGUGGACGCGGAUUCAGUGGCGUCGUCCCGAACAGCUGGGUCCGGCGGGCCCUCAACCGCAGGGGCAGGGAAGGUGGCCCAGGGGGCCCAACUGCGCCCUUCGAAGUUCGACUGUUUGGCCACCAAGGAGGCCCGUGCCGUCGCCGCCGCCGCCGCAGCUGGUGACCCGCGUCCCGAGGGUGGAGUCGUGGACCUGACAGACUCCAUCUGCGUCAGCAGGGGCUGGUCGCGAGAUCGGUUGGAGUGGGAGUGUCGAAACCGGAGCCGCUGGUUCUCGGACACCCACGCCCCGGAUGCAGACCAAGAGGGUUGGGAUCUGGGCCCCGGCGGGGAGCCCUUGCCCGAAGAUUAGCCGUCUGCAGCCACCGAUCCGCCUCCAGACAACGCUCUCAGCUGUGCCCUGCGCCUGCGCAAGCGGGCGAUGGAAUUGGCGCUCCAGCGCUGUCUGCGUGAGGAGGGCAGGCGCGGGGGCCAGGAGUAACGUCGCGUUGUCCUCCUUGUGUCCUGGGUGGGGGUUUUGAGCAAUAAAGUUGAGUUGCAUCCAUCCCGCUGUGUGUCAUUAAUUGCCUGUAACAAUCCUGGAGAGCUGGGGAGAUGGUAAAGCAACUGCAGCAGUGAAUCGCGGGCAUGGCGUCGUCAGCUCCCGGCUCCCCCUCCACAUGGUCCACCCCCU